AUGCCUGGGAACGACGGGAUGCUUCCCGGAGGAACGAUGUGGAUGUCGCCGCCAACAUCUGAACCGCGUAGACGACCAGCAGCGAUAUACACAAAUAUUUCCUACACAGCCGGCGAUGAGAUGAACCCUAUUUCUGCUUGGAGCGGCAUGCACCUACAACAAGUCACCGAUCCAUCGACGUCGCGGUCAUCACCUAUUGCUCAGGAAAUGCUUCCUCUGUCCAUGUCAGGCCAUGGUGAGUCUCUAGCCAAUUCGCUUGCCACUAUUUGCCGCCACGAUCCUAAUGAAAAUACCUCAGACGGAUGGAAUCAGCCAUCGUGCGGCGAAGUCCUCGACUUUCAAGGCCUGGAUUCCGAAGGAGCUAUUGGCCAAGCAUACACCACCGAUGAAGCUGUACCCAUAAUCGACUUGCGAUAUUCGAACCAGUCCCAAGAAGCAUCAAAUCUGAACAUGGAAGAGGGUAUAAAACAAAGGAGGCUAUCAAACUCUUCGUUGACGGUCUCUACUUCAGAACCGAUGUCUGACAUCCCGUCUUCGUAUGAGGACUAUCCUGCUGGCUUGUCGGAAGCUCCCUCUUAUACCUCGGAUUACCUGUCAACUGCCUCAAACCGAACCUCGCUCAUGUCUUCCAUACAACUGUCGCCAGUAGCUUCGCCACGAGCCACUCCCCAGAGCCGACCAGAGCAAGUCAGAACCCAAAGUCGCGGCCGAGCCUCGCCAUCUCCGAGACCAAGCGUGCGGUCCGCACCGUACACCCUCGAGGCAUCGAAGAACCAACGGUGGUCUACUGGAUCAUAUGCCCCGACGCAAAACCGCCGACAGUCUCCCAUAAUAUUCCACGGUGCCCAGGACGGAUACCCCACAAACCAACGCAUGUCACUUCAGAACUAUCCACCGCUGAUGCCGACACAGUCGUUCCAUGCAGGUGGCAUACAUGGCCAUCCUCCACACCAACCGCCAUUUGCUGUGUCCGGGCAACCAAUGUUUUCGAGACACGGAAUAAUACCACCACCUCACAUGUCACAUCAGGGCAUGUUUGAGCAACCGCCACCACUGCCAUCACACGGUAUUUUCAAGAUGCUCCAGAGCAACGGAGACCCUCAUAUGCUACAUGGUCACUAUGCGGAUCUAUCGGAUCCUCCUGAUUUGUUUGGUCCUCUAGCAGAAGAACAAGUUCCACCGCCUGAAGAAGACAUGAACCAUUCUGACCCUAACAUGAUUCCCUAUGAGCAAGAUUUGCGAUUUGAUGGUGAUCUAUACACUCCUAGGUGGGUUCGGGGCCAUGGAAACAAGCGUGAGGGCUGGUGUGGUAUCUGCAAACCGGGCAGAUGGCUAGUUCUGAAGAACUCGGCUUUCUGGUAUGACAAGUCUUUCACGCACGGCAUUAGUGCCGCUACAGGCCAUCCAUUCGAGGAGCCUUUGGACACACGACGAAUGGACGGAAACCCAGAUGUGUGGGAAGGACUGUGUACAUCAUGCAAUGACUGGGUCCCCUUGGUCAGUAGCAAGAAGAAGGGCACAACGUGGUUUCGACACGCCUACAAGGUUAGUUAUGAACAUGGCCUGGAACACUCCAAACCCAACAACUGCUAA